AUGAACGGCUUCUCUCUCUCCGCCUUGGGCGCUCACUGCUCGGCCAUUGCGCACAGCGCCAACUCAUCCGCGUCGGAGCUCGCGGAUCUACUGCGCACCAUUCCCGACGGCCAACACGCGCAGCAGCUCGCCGCCCUGUCCGAGGCGCUCUUCGCAUUCAGCACCAGCGCGGGUCAGUUCGAGGGGGCCCUCCAACGCGCCACGACACUCUCGCCGAGGCUGCAGCAGCUGCUCGAUGGCUCGCUGCAGGAAUGUCACAUCAAGAUCGCGCCCAUUGGGAAGCAGGUCAUGAGACUUGACGCGCCGACGGUGCCGAUGAUGAACACAAUGUUCCUCACAGUGCACAUGGACUUGCUGGUCACGUAUGCGCAACUGCUGGGUUUUUACGAGGAGGUUCUGGCCAUGCCAGAGCGAGACGAUCAAGACGCAGUCCUCGAUGGACCUGCGGGGAGGAGAAUCAUCGAGCAAGCUGGGGACGCUGGAAAGAUGCUCGCCAAAGCGGGUGAAAUCAUCGUCAAUUCUGCAGAGGACGAGGCGCCCGCCUACGCCGAUCCGCCUCCUCUUCAGCCCAUGACAGUCUUGGAGGGUAAGCAAGCAAUGUUGCCAGAGCCCGCGGCGCCCUCGCACCGUCCAGCCCCCGAUCUGACGGAUCUGCCUCCCCCUUACGAAGCUGCCACCUCCACGACCCCAUACCUUGGCACCAACGCAGCCGCCUCUUCAGGGGCCACCUCGCCAGUAGACACGCCUCUGACAACGAGCCGAUCCGCCUCCAUCGCCGAGAGCUCCCACUCCCUAGGUCGACGGUCCUCCUCGUUUGCUGGCCCUGUGCUGCCUAUCCGACCAGGACAAGCUUCAGGGUCCAACUCCCGCUCCAACAGCUGGGUUCUACCCAUCACCAAAUCCUUCAAGGCCCUGACAGCCGGGAUCUGGGCCAAGCCCGAUCCGCUCGUCAAUGCCCUCUGCGAAGCCAGCCGCCGAGGGGACACGGCCCAGAUGGCGGCUCUCCUCCAGCAGGGCACCAACAUCGACGGCAAGAAUGACCGGGGCGAGACGGCCCUCCACUGCGCGAUUGUCGAGAACCAUGCGAAAGCCGCCCGGCUCCUCUUUACGCUGGGCGCGUCGGACAACAUCUGGUCCAAGAUGCCGCCCAUGUUCCUCGCCGCGUCCCUGGGCAACCUCGACGUGGCGCAGAUGAUCUACCAGCGCGGCGGAUCGGCGGCCGACGUGAAGAAGUUCAGCAUGUCUGGCCAGUCGUACUUUGUCGACGUGGUCAGCUCGGGCAACCUGGCGGGCGUGCGCUUCCUGCUCGAAAAGGGCGCCAACGCGCGGGCGCAGAGCAACUCGGGCCGCCCUGCCGUGGUCAUCGCCGCGCGCAAGUGUAACAUCGAGAUGGUCCGGCUGCUGCUCAACUUUGGCGCCAAGGUGACCUCGGACGACCUGUCGGGCAACUCCAUGGUGGGCAUCGCCCUGGACAAGGACAACCUGGAGCUGCUCGACCUGCUGCUCGAGCGCGGCGCCAUGCUGGGCGGAAGGACCACGUCGGGCGACAGGGUGCUGGCCGCUGCCGUGGCGAGGCGCAACGUGCCGUUCGCGCUGCGCAUGCUUGAAAACGGCGCCGACGGCAAUUCGGAGGAUCUGAUGGGGCAGAAGGUCAUUGUGUCCGUGAUCAAGGACCAGAAGCUGGGAGAGGAGGACAAGUGUGCGCUCGUGCGCGCCCUGCUCAAGAACGGGGCCAAGACGACAGCGUCAGAUCUGGUAUGGCAUCAGGCACACCUCCUCGAACUGGCCCUCACCAAGGGCGCCUCGUCUCGCAUCGGUCGUCUCAUACUGGAGGCCGGGGCGGACGUCACCAGGCGCAUUGGCGACGGCGAGACGCCCCUCACCUACGCCAUUGCGCGCGACUGGACAGAUUGGGUGCGAGAGCUGCUCGAGCACGGCGCGGAUCCAGACGCCGCGGACAAGCAUGCCAAGACGCCGCUGCUCCAGUCCCUGAUGAAGGGCGACAACCUGGACAUGGCGCGCUUGCUGAUUGCGCACGGCGCCGACACGGAUCUCCCCAGUGGUUCGGCGCGAGCAUUUGCCCUGUCGCUAGGCCGCGCCGAUGUCAUGGAGCUCGUGGGCCUGAAGCCGUCUUCGUCCAGCCCACGAGCACACUCUCCACCGCUGAGCAGCGCCGUGCACACUGGCAAAGACAUGUGGAGAUGA